AUGGUUUCCCAAGUUGAGCUGUCUGAAGUAGUGGGUUCUGCAGCUGUAGGAAGAGAUGCCAUGGGAGAAUGGAUUGAUCUGGAAAAUAAAAAAGCUGCCAUGAAGCAACACAAAUCCGUCAUCCAAACUCAUGCUGUAAUUGACACUUUUGUUGAUUCAUGCCUGACAGAAAUGACUGGAUUAUUAGCUGGAGAACUGGAUGCUCUCCACUCCUUUUGCACCACGAAAAUAAGUUGGAUGCGUCAGCAGGGAACUGGUGGCAAGUCAAGAAAGCUGCAGCAUGGAUUGACAGCAGAGAAACUGCAGACAAGUGACUUGAACUGCAUUGUUCCUGAUCACCUAAUGAACAGAAUCCACCUGAAAAAUAUCAGGGAGACUCUUAAACAGGUGACAGAAGCUGAAAUCCAUGACUCGUCCGUGUGCCCCGACUGCCAGAAGAAGGAAGCAGAGUUGGCUCAGGUUGCCUUUCUCAGACGGAAGAAGGUUCUCAUGGAAAGUGCUUUAAUACAAGAAAAACUGGAAGAACAGAUUUACUCCAGAGAUGUGCUUACAAUUCUAGGAGAGGCACUCAGAAGCUUGCCCAAACCUUCAGAGGAUCCCAGGAACUUAUGGCAAAGGCUGAAAGGUAAGAAAAUGCAGGGCCUGAAAGUAGCAAACACAACUUCAGGACAUAAAGACCUGUGA